AUGGCUACUGCUAACAGCUCCGAUAUCAAUGCAACCGAGUCCAUUGAUGCCGAAUAUAUCCCUGUGCCGUUCCUCAGCGUCUAUGAGCGUCUUCCUGCAGGUGCAUCCGUACACCACCCGCAUAUCAUCGAUACAUACCUCUGGUCCAAGCACUUGAGUCAAGACAAGAAACUCCACAAUGUCAAGAUCCAAGACGCAGUUGCCACUAUACUCUACAAGAUGUCAAAGGACAUUCUGGGUCAGUUCCUCGACAAGCGCACUACGUACUUCAAGCUCGCCCAGUGGACCGAGUUUGAUCACAAACGAGCCAGGCUUGUCAUCUGGAAAGAGGGGGCUCAAGUUCUCGUAGGCUACUACUUCGAACACGUUGAAGACAACCUUCUGUACUGGAGCAACGUCAUCCGCUGCACUGUCAACUUUGAUGGUUCUUGGAAUCUCCUGUCUGCCAAGUCUUAUACCUCUACCAAACGAGGACUUCUCUACGCAUGGUCAGAGAACUUCAUCCCGGGCCGCUGGGACGGGGAAAGCAGCGCUGAUAUCACGGAAGAAGAUAUCGUGCACGGCUUCAGCAAGUCCAUGAUCUCCAUGCAGUGCGAUGACGAGAUGGAGUACAAGCGGGAGAUCGCGAUCACUAUGGCUGAUUGA